GUUUCUCUCUGCGUAACCUUUUACCUCUCUCUCUCCCUCUCUCUCUGUCUCUCAUCUUCUCAGCGGAGGCAUCGGCGAUCAGAAAAAGGAGUAUUUGAGAUGGGUUGUACGGUUAGAGAGAAGCACGUGAGAGCGGCCCGGAAGAUCCGAGCCGCAUACAAAUCGGAGGUCGAUCUGGAUAGGGUUGCUCUAUCAAAAUCCAUCGUGGAGUCAAGCCUCAAAAGCCUCGUUUACCAUCCAGGUCUCACUGGCUCGUCCUCCUCCUCCUCCACCUCAGGGACUUGUUGCGUCCACAGUUGUUUAGACGAGAGCGUGUGGGCGGAGGAGAAUCUGGAGGAGAUCUUGCUGAAGCAUUUGGAGUUUGUGUACGACCAAGCUGUGUCCAAGCUUAUCGAUUUGGGGUGCGAGGAGAGCGUGGCCAUGAGAGCCGUUUUGAGUAACGGCCAUUGUUACGGUGAAUCUGAUGUGUUGAAGAACAUUGUGAACAACUCUUUGUCGUAUCUGAAGAGCAGCAGUAAUGGUGGUGGUGAUCAGUCAGAGACUGGUUUUACCGAUUUGAGGGAUUUAGAGGAGUAUUCCCUUGCUGGUAUGGUUCACUUGCUGCGACAAGUUAGGCCUAGUUUGAGUAAAGGUGAUGCUAUGUGGUGUUUGUUGGUGAGUGAGCUUCAUGUUGGUAAGGCGAGUACUAUGGAUCUUUCGAGUUUGGGAAACAGGGCAACUUGUCCUAAGGAUGAUGAUCAUAGCUGUGUACAAGGUACAUUGGAUCUCGCUGGUUCUUUAUGUCGUUUCCAUGGAGGUUGGGAUUUUGGGAAUGGAGGAGGAGGGCCUGAGUUUUCUGGUAAAGGGUUUUCUGUGACCAAUCGUGAGUUGAAAUUGCAGAGGGAGAUUGAGUGUCCCAGGAGGUUUAAUCUUUCUCCAGCCAUGAAGUCCUUGUUGAAGCGGAAUGUCGCUGCCUUUGCUGCUGGGUUUCGUGCUAGUAUGAAGCAGAAGCAGAUAGAUGAUGGUGAGAGCACACUUGUGGAGACUGAAGAAAGUGUUGGCUCGGUGUUGGACAAGUUUCGCGGCCUCAGCCUUGAUGAUAAUCUUGAAUCUCUUUGUGAGGAUGGUGUGAUUAUCACACUGCUUCAUCAGGUCAAGGAUCUCGAGAACAAGUUGAAGGAAAGGAAAGAGUGGGCUCAGAAGAAGGCGAUGCAAGCUGCUCAAAAGGUCAGCGAUGAACUCACCGAGCUUAAAAAUUUGAACAGCGAAAGAGAAAGUAUCCAGAUGUUGAAGAAGGGGAAACAAGCUGUUGACGAAUCAACCGUGAAAAGAUUGUCCGAGUUGGAAAAUGCUGUUAGAAAAGCUACUUGUCAACGUGACACAGCAAAUGCAAUUGUUAGAACACUUGAGAAUCAAAACGCAGAGAUCCGAGCAGAGAGGGAAGGUCUCAAACUAAGUGCAUCAGAAUCACUUAAAGCGUGCAUGGAAGAAUCAAAGAAGGAGAAGAAAUGCUUGAAGAAGCUUUUGGCAUGGGAGAAGCAGAAGUUGAAGCUGCAGGAUGAGAUUACAGAUGAGAAAGAAAAAAUUAAAGCCCUUUAUAGGUCUUUGGCUCAGAUAACACAGGAUGAAAAGGAAAUUGAGGCGAAAAGGGUGGAGGAACAAAAAGCAAAGGAGCAAGCUCUGGCUCAAGUGGAGGAGGAACAACGCUCAAAAGAAGCAGCUGAGGCACACAACAAGAGAAAGCUGGAGACUCUACGGUUAAAAAUAGAACUAGACUUCCAACGACACAAAGAUGAUCACCAAAGGCUUGAGCAAGAGUUGUCUCGGCUCAAAGUCUCUUCAGAUACUGACUCAAGCCACUUAUCCAACAAUGUUUGGGAACCAGAAAAGUCUCAAGGAGAAAACAUCGCUAAGCUGCUUGAAGAACUCGAUAGACUUGAAGGGUCUUAUGAGAGUGAAGCAAACAAUGAUAGGGAAUGCAUAAUAUGUAUGAAAGAUGAAGUCUCCGUGGUAUUUCUUCCGUGUGCACAUCAAGUAGUGUGUGGUGGUUGCAGCGAUAAUUUCUUCUCGAGCAACAACAGUGGCGGAGGCAAAGUCACUUGUCCUUGCUGCAGAGCUGUGGUUCAGCAGCGCAUUCACAUCUUUGGAGCAACUUCGUGAAAACUGAGAUAGCGCUUCUCUUUGGGAUUCAAAGAGAUCAUCACAAAUUCAGGUUUUACUUUGCAAGUACAAAAAAAAAUAAUAAUAAAUGCUUAGCUUCUUCGGCAAAGCUUUCUAUACUGGGAAUUUUAUUUUAUUUGGAAAAAGUUUUUUUUUUUUUUUUU